AUGUCAACGUUCACAUUUAUCAACACACCAUCAAGCGGGCAGUCCCUGCAGCUUUCGGGUCAGGGCGGUCCCACGUUAAUCGAAGGUGUACAACCUCAUGGAGACGAAUCAACUUUUUAUCCGUUUCAAUCUCCACAGCAUGAUAAAACGGAAAGUCGCAGACAAAGUUACUCUUCGCAUAAAGUUACUGUCGGUAAUAAUGCAGUUCCUGUUGGUGCCCGACCCACAUACUCUCCAGCUACCAAUUCUUCCAUUCCCCCCAUACGGCACGAUUCACACCCGUAUUACAAGGCGGACGAAACCUUUCAUUCUGCCGCAUCCAACACAAACGCUAGCAUACAAAACCACAUACUGGAACCAGUUCGAGAUUAUGGCUAUUUGGAUGCGACUCAAUAUCCUUCCCAAACCUUCAGUGUUAUCAAUUCUGUGCCUGAACCACUUCUAACACAAACUGCUGUUGAAGUUAACAAACAAAUAUCCUACCCCCAAGUUCCUUGUUCACAGACGCUUCGCUUUUCUCAGUGCAGUCCACAAUGCGUUCCGGAACGUGCAGUAUCUAUUCCCAGUCUAAUACAGUGUACACAUUGCAGAGUCUUGCCAACAUUCCCUAAUGGGACAAAUGAUCAAUUUCAAGUAGUCCAUCAACAAGAACAGCAAAAACAGCAGGAAGCUUUCCCAGCAGGUCAUACAGUUUCUAACAUACGAUUGACUCGUAGUUUUUCUUGUGAUGCUGUACCUUCAAAAAAAUCACUUGUUGAGUUUACGGCCGAAGCAAAGUUAAAAUUACCGAAUAUGAACAAUGCCACUCAAUCCCAGGCAGCCGUAUUUCCUACAACAGCUUUUCUUUCCAUUCCCUCCAAAGCCAUCCCUAUCAAGAUGUUGGCAGAUCCCCGAUUCACCAGUAUCGCACCGUCUGAAGGGACGGAAGCGUUUGGUUUGUCCAGUCCAUUCAUCAAACAAUGCACGCCUGACUUUAGCUAUACAUAUUCUCCAUCUCGAGAGGUUGAGUUCCGAUCUACCGAGGAAAUUGUGUCACCGCGACUAGGUUUUCAGGACAAUCCGGUAGCAAACGUCAGGCCACAUUCAACGUGGCCAAGAAGAAUGAAUUAUACGGAAUACAUUACUCCGGUGCUGCAGUUAAAACACGACACACCGGUGAGUAUGGACCAGCAGACUGUUCCGGUUACAGUUUACCCAGAACUAAACCAAAUCUCCAACCUGUUUCAAACUUCUCCUAUGCGAAUAUCAAACAACUCUAUAAAUGGUCAAGAGUAUGUUAUGCAUGUACAACAAACACCGCCAGUGAUUAUGAUACCACAUAACAGUCCUUCUCAACAAUAUCCGACUUGUUUACCACAAGAUCCACAAAACAUAGGCCAGACAGGAUUCAACGAGCACAAACCCCCAAAAGUGCACAAGACCAUCCCGACAGAUUCGAUAGCUCAAACUAAAGCCAAUAAACGCGUUGACAAACGACGGAGAUCUAUACACGCCAAGUGCAAGCUGCGCCGUGCCGAAGCUCCGCAACGCCUGCUGGCGGUCGGCCAGGGUGUCGAAACCAGCAAUCAGGGCAUCAUUUGCGGCGGUCCACUCUAUCUACUUUGGGCCUCUUCACGCCGCCUGCGAUACCGCCCACCACCGACUCUUGAGAAGCGUUCGGAGGGCAAUCAACUUACCCCGGUUCCUCCCGGGUAUGAGCAAACAUCGUUCGAUGACACCAACACCUAUUCCGACGAGACUUCGGUAUUCUCCAUCGCUCCAUCCUCAUUUGAACUCAAAACGAAACGGAACAAGACAAAAACCACGGAGAUUGUGACAAUUGUGCCAGACGAACUGCAACGUUGGCGUACACGAGAUAUGCUGAUCAAUUUGUUGCAUAGUCUACAAUCACGAGUCGAUGGUUUGGGUUCCGGAGAGUUGAGUAACGCCAAGAAAAAGUUGAAAGACGCGGUAUUGCAUCAAGGUCUCUUGGAAUAUCAUCGCUUUUGGCCACGUCAUUCAAUGCAGCUAGAUAAUGAUGACCGAGCCAAUUUGAAUCUGGCUUUUCAGACAAUUGUAUCAGAUGACGUCGGGCAGCUGUUCGAUUUGGUCUUGGAUACACCACGCAUUGUACAUGCAAAGGAUUCCAGUGGAAGCACACUUUUGCAUCAUGCCACGCAUGUUGGGAGCUACGAAAUGGUGCGGAUUUUACUCUCACGUGGAGCAGAUCCGAACGAGGUGGACGGUGAUGGAAAUCGGGCUGUGCAUUUGGCCGUGCAAAGAAGUAAAAUGGAUAUUUUACAGCUCUUGCUUCAGCACGGUGCACAAAUUCUAUGUAAGAAUAAACAUGGAGUCCAACCGAUUCAUCUGGCCUGUGAAACAAAUUUCCUCGAGGGCCUCAAAUUGGAAUACGGUGCGGAUAUCUACCAAAAGGAUGAAUCGGGUAGCUACGCGAUGCAUGUGGCAGUUUUCCAAGUUUCGAUUGAAUGUGUUCAACUUCUAUUCGAAUACGAGAAAACACAGCACAGUCAACAUAUGAUGCUCAAUGCUUUGGUUCCAACCGAGUAUCUGUCUUUGAAAACCCCAAAUGAGAGAAAAAGUAGCAUUUUUGUCCGUUGGAUUCAUCCGGAAGACAAGAGCGCGAGUACGGAUGUCAACUCACGCAACUCGAUCCGGUCUAACGAUGUGUCCUCGACGAUCGAUAUGCAACGUUUGAUCAAUCUGGUCGAUGGAGAGGGUUUUGCCCCGAUUCACAUGGCCGUGAAUUCCGGAAAUCUCACACUAGUUGAGGAUGGAAGAACUGCGCUGCAUCAGGCCUCUCUGGGUAAUCAUCCGGACAUUAUCGAUUACCUGAUUGAACUGGGUGCUGAUCUAGACAGAGCAGACAAAGAAGGUCUUACCCCCCUGCUCUUGUCCGCCAUCAAAGGUGCGAUUCAGGCCUGUAUACGACUAAUACAAUUGGGAGCCGAUGUCAUGAAGGCCGAUAAGAAUGGACGAAAUCUGGUGAUGCUGCUUCUGUUUGGCGGUACCGGCACAGCUCGAGAUACUGUGCCCACUUUGAUGAAGACAGGGAAGCUCACGGAGAUGAUCAAUCACCAGGAUAACUGGGGAUGCUCGUUCAUGCAUAUCGCAGCUCGUCUUGGCCUAGUGGUAGCCAUUCAAAUUGGACUACGUUUCGGCGGGAACGUGUUGGCAACUGAUAUUGAACGAAGCAACGCACUUCACACCGCGGCACAAUUUGGUCGCUAUGAAAUUUGUCGCCUAAUAUUGGAAUCGAAAGACGGAACACGUGCACUAGGUAGAGGAGACCAAGAAGGCAGGCUACCUCUGGAUAUUGCAGCAAAGUACGGAUUUCAUCGAGUGGUAGAGUUGUUUUUGAGAAAAGGUUGUCUUAUUCGACGAUGCCACGAGGGUAACACGCCCCUACACUAUGCUGCAAUGGAAGGCAAUGCUGAAACGUGUUUAGCUUUACUGAGCACGCAUCCGAGCCUUUUGAAUGAGACCAAUUAUCGAGGGAUGACCGCAUUGCAUUUUGCUGCCUUGUUCAAGAAUGCCCAGGUGAUCGAUUAUCUUCUCACAUCUGGUGCAAGGAUAGUACCGGAUAGUCGGGGUAUCUAUUUCACCACACACCUAAUGAAAGCGGAUAAUUAUGUCGCAGCCAAAACAGUUACAGCUCACGCGAGAUGGCCUGAAAUAGUAGAAAUGUUACGCAACACUGAUCAGUGCCCGUUGGAAGGCCUCAUAAACAACAUGCCCACUUUGACCACUACUCAGUUCGAUUUCGUCAUUUUCCAACCAUCCAAGAGCGACAAAAGACACAAAGCAACUUCCGCAUUCUCUCUGAUGAGACUCAUGAUNAUAGACAAGCGACGCGAUGACUUGUUGGUACAUCCGCUUUGUACGGCCUAUCUGAAAAUGAAGUGGGAAACCUACGGACGUUGGGUACAACUGUUUGCGGCCUUCUAUUACGGAUGCCUAUGCUUCAUCAUUACCAGAUAUGCCCUGGUGCAAAUGCCACUGGCAGUGAACUACAACGACCCACAAAUUACAGACUGUAUGGAAAAGGUAGGUGUGUUCACUGUUUGUUUGUUUUUCCUUUUGUGA